AUGCAGGGAUUUUUAGCGAGAGAGUGGUCUUUGUGGAAUCAAGUUCAACUUGGCUUUUCCAAGUUCAGAAAUGACGACAGAAGAGAAGAUUUGGCAUCGGAGGAUCAAGGGAGCGUGAAAUUUCAGGAUGACGCAAUGAAUAGAAACAAACAAUUGGGUGAAAUUUCACCAAAUGAUUAUAGUGACUGGGAAGAUGGGAAAUUGGCAGAUCGACAUUAUGAGGACAUUGACCCAGAGAAGCAGGCUUUUAUAAGGGACAAUGAGGGCAUAGAUGGUUCUAGAAGGCAUGCUGAAGGCCAGGUCAAGAAGACAAAGCUCUGGUAUUGGGCUUGGAUGUGCUUUUUUAUGAUGGUAUUGUGCUUUUUACCGCAUCGUUUGGUUAAAGACUUGAAACCGUCAAGGCCAUGCAAUAUGGCUGGGAAAACCUGGCAGAAUACCAACAAGGCACACGGGUUGCUCUCAGAGGUCAAUUCUCCAUACUUCAAGCAACUCAAAAACGGUACAAAACUUCAUGAGUUUAUCGAAAUUCCAGUUUUGCCAGCGUUGGACUACGGCAAGCCAGUUUACCAGCAGCACUUGCUAAAUUCUACUUUUGGCAACUCGUGGGGUCUUCCCGCGACUGCACAGUACGUGCCACCGCCGGCCAGCGUGAAUUUCAGCCAGGUUGUGCUCACAUUGAACGUGUGGGUUGCAGGAAUCCAAUUCGACCGACUAAUUCACGUUUAUGUUGAUGGAAACGAAGUUUGGAGGUCCAGCACACCGGAGCCGGCCGGAAGGGACUCGCACACGUUCACGCAGAAGGACGUGUCGCUGUACGGGUCGCUUUUCCGGAAGAACACGCAGGUGAUGCUCCAGUUGGACAAUUUGAUCACUUCAAAGCUUACAGGAGUGUUCAACGUGUCGCUAGAUGCGUUCUACUACAACUACCAGGGCAACCGGUCGUUGGUUCCGCACAAGGACCAGCUCAAGAAGCCCGAUGGCGGGGUAAACGUCAAAGAUGUGGACGAUGUGAUCAUUCCGGGCCGCAGAAACAACCUUUUCCAGCAUUCAGAGGAUGCAAACCACAUCGUUCCACUCACAAAAUCGUUCCCGGGAAGACCGCCGUUGGUGUAUUACCCGGACUCGCGGUUGCACGUGGUUCUCCCGCAGGUGAAUGCCAACACUACGCAGGCCAGGGUGGUGAUUUACAUCUCGGGUAACGCCGAGGAGGAGUUCUGGUACUCGAAUCUUUUAGAUGAGUACAAGGACCGGUUCCGGGACCACGGGCACACGUUUGGCGGCCAUGGGCCAUGCCGUGUGAUCAACGUUUACCACAACGGGGUGCGGAUCGACUCCAGAAACCCCUUCCCUGUAAUCUACACGGGAGGAAUCUCGCCCGCACUUUGGAACCCGAUUGUUUCCACCGGUUCGUAUGACAUAGUCGGCCUCUCACUGGAUGUCUCACUCCUACUUCCGUACUUGUGGCAGGGUCCGGAAGCUUUGGACUUCGAAGUGUCGAACUGCUUUGAUGAUGAUCUUCCUGCCGGAGCCUCGAAGUCCGGAAUUGGCUCUAACUGGAUAUCCUCGGCCAGUCUCGCACUCUGGGAGGAUGAGCAUGUCGUGCACAGCGAGGGUGAGGUGCAAAUUGCAGACAACUCCACCAAGGUCACCAGCAUCGCCAUUGUGCCACCUUUCAGCGGGUUCAUGAACCAAAUAGUCACUGCCAAGUACUCGAACCAGAUUCGGACCUACUUCAACUUCACUUUUGCCAACGGCACGUCUCUCGACUUCAUCGCCGAGCACUACACAACCGCACACCAGUCUAACAUCCAGGUCAUCAAGGGUUAUGGCGAUAAACAGACUCUGGUUGCAGUCCAGAAAGGCCAGAGGUCGCACGCCAUUCUUAAUGCCACCGACAAUUCCACAUUCUUCUCGUACAACCUCUCUUCAAGCCACCCGCUGGUCGUGUCUAUCGAAAAGCAGAAGACUCAAUCUCUUCCGCCUGACUCCAGCUACAAGAUUUCGCUUGUCAAGGGAUCCACUUUCAAGGUGCGUUUGAACGGCUCCAAGAUCUUGAAGUUGAAGGUGUCCGAAAACGGAACUUCCAACAUGACUCUUUCGCCGAACGGCAACCACGGAGAAGGCCGAGUCGAGCACAACCUCACAAUCUCCACAAAGAGUGGCCACUCGUACAACCGGCAUGCUUUGGGUGACAACACCACCGUCGUCUACGAUAAUGUGACCAUUAUCGAGCCUUUGGACGGAAGUAUGAGCCUUGAUGAUGCCUUAUACAGGCAGGAGGAGCCGGAAAUCGUUAGUUCAUUAUCAGAGGCCCUGGCAGGAGGCUUUGGAGGCCUUAAUGGGUUGGUUGGAGUAGAGGAUGAGGACGAUAAAGAGGUGUACGAGGCGUUUAUCGGGUACUUGGGCCAGGAUUCUUCGUCCAAUGACGAUGCUGAGGUUUCUCAGAGUGCUACAUCGAGGAAAUGCUCGCAGGAUGGACUAUUUAGGCACGUUCUCUUCAACUAG